AAUGGAUUAAUAAGUAAUGGAGACAGCUAAUAAUUAUGAUAUUAUUAUAAAUGAAGUCAUUACAAAAUUGAAGAGAAAUUCAGAUAAAGGUUAAUUGUAGAUGAGUGAAUCUGAAAUCCAAACAUUUAAGGAUGUAUUAUUUGAUUAAAUUAUCUAAGCUCUGGCAAAAUCAUCUGAAAGCAAUUUAGGAAGGUAGAGAAAUAAAAUGUAAAACAGAAGUUUAAGCCUAAUCUAAGAAUUGUCAAGCUGACACUUUUUAAAUUGACCAUCCUAUUGAAAAAAGAGUACAAGUAGUGAAAUAAGUAAUUAUAUUAUAUUUAUAUUUUAGGAGGAAGAUAAUUAAGAUGUAGAUGUGAGUUUUGAUGAAGAUUCAGAUGAGAAAAUUCAUCAUAAUUAAGAUCUUGUUGAUAACUAUUAAAGUUAGAAUUAGAAAAUUAAAGAAUUUGAAAAGAACAGAUGUGAAAGUCUAAGAGAAAGGACUCUUUUUGAUAAAAUUAGAGAAUUAGAAUAACUUAGAAAUUAAGUUAAAUAGGAAGAAUAAGAUGAUGAUGAUACUGAAGAGCCAAAAACAUUUGACACAUAAAUCUUUGCUUAAAAGAUUAAUACUGACAGUAUUGUUAGUCGUAUUAGAGUAAUCAUUUAUUAUAUAUUAGCCCAAUAAAUUACAAAAAGCAAGUUUGGAAAAUGUACUAAUCAAAGAAAAAAACAAUAAGGAAGCACUCUAUCCAUAAGCCCAAUUAUAAUUUAAUUUUAAAACAAACAAAAAAAAAAACUAAUGAUGAAAUUGUAUAUAUCAUUCCUAAGAUUUUAGU